CAUGCAUCAUUUUCUUUUUUUUGCAGUCCCCGAUGAUCUGCUCCUGGGGCUGAAGUUCAUAUUUGGCCCCUCUGCUGUCCCAGCUUUGGAUUUGGUGGAUCGGCGUUCUGUCACCCGAGUCACGUCCCCCAGCGGAAGGACUGCAUACCAGGUCCUUGGGAGCUCGGGCAAACUCUACACCUGCUACAGUUCCUGCCACUUCUGCACAUGUCCCGCUUUUGGUUUUACUGUAUUGCAGAAGAGCGAGAGUCUUCUGUGCAAACAUAUACUUGCUGUCUACCUCAGUCAGGCCAUGGGAGCCUACCAGGAGCUCACUGUCUCUGAGGAGCAGCUCACAAGCAUCUUACUGGCUGAGGAAGAGGAUGAAGGAUGAAGGAUUUGGAUCACAUGUGGACCUGCUUUCUGUGUACCCUCCCAGCUUUGUGGCUGGCAUUUUUUUGUACCCACAAGGCUGUCAAAUGCUCAAUAUGGCUGGUAGGUUUCUUCCUGUGCUGCAGCCAAGUGUGGCAUUAAUUGGCAGCCUUGUACGGAUGGAUUAAUUAAUAAAUAUUAAGAAGCCUAUGUUGAC